UCCCUCCCCCUUACUUCCCAAUUCAACCAUAUAUUUUUCACACAUAAAUCACUCGUCACAAUGGGUUUCACCGAUUUCGUUUCUGACGCUGGCCUCACUCUUGCUAACAACUGGUUCACCACCAGGAGCUACGUUGUUGGCCAUGCUCCUUCUCAGGCCGAUGUCGUGACCUUCAAGGCCUUCUCUGCCGCUCCUGACGCCGAGAAGUACCCUCACGUUGCCCGCUGGUACAAGAACAUUGCUUCCUAUGAGGCUGAGUUCGGCUCUCUCCCUGGUGAUGCCUCCAAGCCCCACACCACCUACGGUCCUGAGUCCACCGAGCUCCCCACCAACCCUAAGGACAAGCCCGCCGAUGAUGAUGACGAUGACAUGGACCUCUUCGGCAGUGACGACGAGGAGGAGGACCCUGAGCUCGUCAAGAAGCGCGAAGAAAACCUUGCUGCGUACCAUGCCAAGAAGGCGGCUAAGGGCCCUAAGCCCGCUGCGAAGUCCAUUGUCACCCUUGAGGUCAAGCCUUGGGAUGACGAGACCAACCUUGAGGAGAUGGAGGCCAACGUCCGUGCUAUUGAGAAGGAAGGCCUUGUCUGGUCCGCCUCUAAGUGGGUUCCUAUUGGCUACGGUAUCAAGAAGCUUCAGAUCAACCUGGUUGUUGAGGACGAGAAGGUCUCCCUUGACGAGCUCCAGCAGCAGAUCGAGGAGGACGAGGAUCACGUCCAGUCCACCGAUGUCGCUGCUAUGCAGAAGCUGUAAAUGAAACGUUUAUGAAGAUAAAUGGUGUGAUGAAGGAUUUUUCAUGUUAUCGACGGAAACCAAAUUCAUGAAUUUAAAACAAACAACUAGCUAGAGCUCGAUCAGCAUUGUCUGAUUGUUCUGAUGAAAAAAUGAAAAAAUACCCCAAUAUUAA